CUUUUCCGUAUUUUAUUUCUUCUUCUCUUUAAACUCUCUUCUUCCCAACUGAGGCAAGUCCAUCACUCGUUUAUGUUCCUGCUAAACAAUGUUGCAGAGAUAAAUUUUCUACAAGAACUAGCAUUCUUUUUGUCCCGUGAACAUACCCUUUAAGUGCCUGGAGCUGUUUUACUCUACAAACAAAACUAUAGUGAGACCUGACUAUGUUUUUGACGAGCAAUGUCCAGCGCGCUCUUCUGCAUGUUAGUGCGUCUUCUCUAUCCCAACUGAACUCCCAGAGUCUCUUUUCCAUAGAGUAUGCUGUAAAGUUGGUGAAAAAGUUAGCUGAUGAUGGCAACUUGAAAUUGGGAAAAGUUGUUCAUGCGCUUCUUAUUGUGUCUAAUCAUGCGUCAGAAGACCACGUAAUUCAAAAUAAUUGUCUCAUUAAUCUCUACUCAAGGUGUGGACAACUUGCUGUUGCUCGUCAGGUAUUCAACAGAUUGCAGCAACGAAAUGUAGUUUCUUGGAGCAUUUUAAUGGCAGGGUAUUUGCACAAUGGGUUAACUUGGGAAGUACCCAAAUUGUUCAAAGACAUGAUUUCACUGGAUAAUUUAUUCCCAAAUGAGUAUGUCUUGUCUACCGUACUUUCUUCUUGUUCCAGCGGUGGUUUGCUACACGAAGGGCGGCAGUGUCAUGCGUUAGUGUUGAAAUCAGGACUGGUGUUUCAUCAAUAUGUGAAGAAUGCUCUUCUAUCCUUGUAUACAGUGUCUUCAGAUAUGGAAGGGGUUCUGGAAAUCUUGAAGUUUAUUCCUGGAUUAGACAACAUUACUUAUAAUUCUGUUCUGAAGGGGCUCUUGGAUCAUGGGUAUACAAAUGAAGCAUUGGAUGUCUUCUCAAGGAUGUUGGCUGAGGGCUCAGUGGGGGACAGCAUUAGUUAUGUGAAUGUAUUUGGUCUUUGUGCUCGUCUCAAGGAUUUGAAAUUGGGUCAGCAAGUUCACUGCAGAAUGCUGAAGUCUGGUCUUCAGCUUGAUGUGUUCUUAAGUAGUGCAAUCAUGGACAUGUAUGGAAAGUGUGGUGAAAUUUUAAGUGCAAGAUAUAUUUUUUAUUCUUAUCCUGACCAUAAUGUGGUGUCUUGGACGACAAUUUUGGCUGCAAAUUUCCAAAAUGAGUGUUUUGAGGAAGCCCUGAAACUGUUCUUACAAAUGGAACUUCAGGAUGUUGAGCCAAAUGGAUACACUUUUGCAGUGUUGUUGAAUUCCUGUGCGGGUCUAUCAGCACUUGGGUGCGGGAAAACAUUACAUGCACGUGUUGAGAAGACAGGACAUAGAGCUUUUGUUGUAGUUGGGAAUGCUUUGAUCAAUAUGUAUUUUAGGAGUGGCCAAAUUGAAGCCGCCAGGGCUUUAUUUUCAAACAUGAUAUGUCGAGAUACUGUUACUUGGAAUUUGAUAAUAACAGGUUUCUCUCAUCAUGGGCUUGGUGAGGAUGCAUUGUAUGUGUUUCAGGACAUGUUAGCUGCCAAAGAACAACCAAACUAUGUCACCUUUAUCGGGGUUCUUUUGGCUUGUGGACAUUUGGGUAGGAUAGAAGAAGGAUUUUACUACUUGCAGCAUCUAAUGAGGGAGAUUGGCCUUGAACCUGGGUUAGAGCACUAUACCUGUGUUGUAGGGCUCUUAGGUAAAGCUGGAAAACUUUAUGAGGCUGAGAGUUUCAUGAGGACGACGCCAAUCACAUGGGAUGUUAUUGCGUGGCGUACUUUGCUUAAUGCUUGCAACGUCCACCGCAAUUAUGAUUUAGGAAAGAGAGUGGCAGACCAUUUGUUGCAAUUGAACCCCAACGAUGUGGGAACCUAUAUCUUGUUGUCCAAUAUGCAUGCCAAGGUGAAAAGGUGGGAUGGUGUAGCAAAGAUUCGGAAGUUAUUAAGAGAAAGGAACAUAAAAAAAGAACCUGGAUUGAGCUGGACUGAAAUAAGAAAUGAAACUCAUGUGUUCGUUUCUGAUGACACUCAACACCCAGAGACCGCUCAAAUCCAUGAGAAGGUGAGAAAAUUGUUGGCUGAAAUAAAACCAUUGGGUUAUGUUCCAGACACGGCUUCUGUCCUGCAUGACGUUGAGCAAGAACAACAAGAGGGUUAUCUUAGUUACCACAGCGAAAAGCUGGCUGUAGCAUAUGCUCUCAUGAAAACACCUUCCCAAGCGCCAAUUCAUAUUAUUAAGAAUCUCAGAAUAUGUGAUGAUUGCCAUUCUGCUUUGAAGCUUAUCUCGAAGGUCACCAUGAGAGUGAUAGUUGUAAGAGAUGUCAAUCGGUUCCAUAGUUUUCAAUAUGGGUCCUGUUCGUGUGCAGAUUACUGGUGAAACAUCACAAGAUUGGCAUGUAGUUUCUUACAAGGGGUCAAAGGAGAAUUUUUCCUGCUGUUACCUAAAAUCAGAAAUGUGUUGGUCUGUGAUCCUCAUUGUAGUACUCCUGAGGUGUACCUAACUCCACUCCGUACUUCAUGCUAACAGUGUGCUUCACUCCCAAGAAGUUGUAAUUCCAUGGACAAUUAUCAGGUGUCAUGUAAAAGCCAAGGAAUCGGUCACUCAAGAGCAUCUGGACCUUCUCGUAAUGAGUCGGCAGUGUUUGUUAUUCUCCAGGAUCCGAGCAUGUGAAGUAACAUCCUGUGGCGAUAACUGAGAAAGCUCAUUUGGUUGUGUAUGCAUCCAUCCCAAAGGCUCCAAGUCAGUGAGAAAAUCAUGGAAGACCUGAAGGUAGAUGCACCUGCUGAUGUGUCCCCCACUGUGGAGGCACUGCAAUACAUCGGAUUUAUUUCACCUGGGGAUUAUCUGGUGGACUUACGGCAUACAAGUAACCAGCAGUUUGUGUUCGCAGAUCAGCAGUGCAGAUGAACUUCUUCAGAAAAAAUUUCGGCAUGUUAAAUUGCUCUGACACGCCAAUCUGUUUUAGAGCCAAAGGCAGCUUGCUCAUAGGGACUUUUUGUAGUAACAAUCAACUCAUCACCAUGGACAUCAGUGGUCUUUGUGGUAACAGCAGUCAGUUGACUUCCUUCCUUGGCCUGUUUCUCAAUCUCAGCUUUCUGUUGGCGCUGCUGCGAUGGAGGAGUUAUAUCAGCUCCAAGUAUAAUGUCACGGAUCUCAGACUGUGUCAAUGCUGAUGUAUUGACACUGUUCUUUUUUGCAUAGUCUGAGAGAAUGAGAUCUCUAAGCGCUACCUCAACCUUCAUCCACUGGUCAUCUGUAAGUGAAGGCCAGAUGUGGCGAGGCUCUGUGACGACCGACUUGUCAGGCUUGAGUAACAUCUUAGCCUUUUCAUUGUUCACGUGGAGUGCACGCAGGUUGAGGAUGAGCCUGGAGAAUGCUCCAAAAAAAGACGAGAUGCUUGUUCCUAAUUCAGAUUUUGCUGUUGAAGGUCCUCAGCCAAUGGAAGUUUCUGCUUUCCCGUUUUCUGAAAUCCUGACAAGGCUGAGACACGGUAUUGGACAAGAGCCAUGUUGCAUCACCAUAUCAACUUAUCGAGAAUAUUUCAUACAGGCUUUUAACGAUCUAAUCUUCUUCUAUCAAUCACUUUCGGCUUCUCAUGCUUGCCAAUUCCACCGAAAGUAAAAAACCAAAGCAGAAAUUUGACGUGGUAUCUGCAUAAGUUUCUCAAAGUUCUUUGUGCUCGCACAAAAGCACGCAUGCAUAUGAACAUGCAAGCUUUACUUAAUAGAAUCAGUUCUUCUUCAUUUAACACCGGUGCUUAAUAAAUAAGUUAUGACAAGAGAAUCUUUGCAGAAGGGAGUUAACUGAUAACACCACAUGUUCACGGGGCUUCUUGUGUAUGAUGUUGUCUGAGAUACUACCAUACUUGAUGCAGAGGAGUCUGCACGUUUACUUCCCAGUUUAAAGAUGAAAUUUAAGUACGCCGGGGAUCUAUCAUAGAACUCUCCAGAGACCAUGAGUACAUACUUUGCACAACAAGUUGAUGUUUGACGCAGUAUAAAUGAGGCUACAAUGAAGGGAAGACUCACCUGCCUUUGCUCAGUCGAUACAUCACAUUGUUCUGCAUGCUUUUUGGUAUUAUCUGGCUUAUGUGUCAGUGAUAUUAUAAGAACCGUUGAUAAGCUGAUUGAAAAAGCAGGUGGUUUUGCUGGUGUUUUUUCGGGCUUUGCUCGGCAUGGUUAAGCUAUAUUGGGGCCUGAGACAAACAUACAUCUGGUGAAGCUACUCAUCUACCAACUGUGUGGCCGCUGUUUUGCUUUAUCUACGUAUUUGUCUUUCUGGGAAUGAUAGGAGAUAGCAUAAACACAUAGAAUUUAGUAUGUUAUUGUAAUUUAGCAUUCAAAACUUCCAUUUUCCCGGUGUACUUUUCAUCUUAAAAAAUAAUGAGUAUGAGAAGAUGUUCAAUACUAUUUCAUAAAACUUUCCUUGCAUUGCUUUCUAUUGCAACGCACCUUCUCUUUUGUCAUAAACAUUUUUUGGGAGCUUGACGGAAUUGCAGUUGAAGCAAGGAAAGUUCUUCUGCAGAGCUUCCCAGGGACAAAUAUGUAUAUUUUCGCAUUCUCU